GCUCUGCUCAGCCAUCUCUAAUUGCCAUUUUACCAUAUAUAGCUCUCCCUUCCUUCUUCAAUUCGAGUGAUUAAUCUGAUCGAAGGUCAAUCCUCAGAGACGAAAAUGGUUACUCUGCGUUUUGUGACCGGUGUUUUUGGAAACAUUACGGCCCUAAUCCUGUACUUGUCCCCAAUGAUAACAGUCAGGAGGAUCAUCAAAAGCAAGAGCACAGAACAAUUUUCAUGUGUUCCAUAUGCAAUGUCUUUGCUCAACUGCCUCCUAUACACCUGGUAUAGUCUUCCUUUUGUAUCCCCCAACAACCUUCUCGUAACCACUAUCACUAGCACCGGGUCGACAAUCGAGUUCAUAUAUGUGUUGAUCUUCCUUAUAUAUGCACCGAAGAAGGAGAAGCUUAAGAUUUUGGGCCUCCUUGCGUUUGUUCUCACGGUGAUCACAAUGGUUGCCCUAAUUUCCCUCCUUGCGUUGCAUGGGAAGCCGAGGAUGAUCCUGUGUGGUAUUGCUACCACCAUUUUCAACAUUAUCAUGUAUGCUUCACCUUUAUCGGUCGCGAGGAUGGUGAUUAAGACAAAGAGCGUAGAGUAUAUGCCAUUUUGCCUGUCUCUCUUCAUGUUCAUAUGCGGUGCCUCAUGGUUCCUCUUUGGCAUCCUCGGAGCUGACCCUUACGUUUAUGUGCCCAAUGGGCUUGGGGGUUUGCUGGGCAUGAUGCAACUGAUCUUGUACGCGGUUUACCGCAACAAAAAAGUCGAGCCCAAGAAGGCUAUAGAUGAUGAUUUUGUGGUCGAGAUGAACCCCGUGGACCCUGAAAAAGCCUACCCAAAGCCGCAUCAAGGUUCGACUUAAGUGAUUGGUUUGAAAAUGACUGAUUGUGCUGAAGCUGUGAUGAAGAUUUGCAGACUAUAAAUAUGAGAAGGGCAGGGUAAAGGCCGUCCGAGCAGUUGCUUGAGGCCCCCAAAAUAUUAGGCCCCAUAUCUUAUUCCUAUAGCUAAGAAUUUACAUAAUUAUAUGCACUUGUGUAAAUAAACAUGUAUUGCACGUGAGAACUCAUCUUCCGUUGAGAAUGAAAUAAAAUAAUUUAUAAUUUUAAGUAA